AUGAUAGAAACAUUAAAAUUGUUACAAAAAUACGAUGAUUUAUUGGAUAAACUAAAUGAUAGUUAUAAAGCUGGUGUAAAUGAUUUAUCACGAUAUAACUUGUGCUGUAAUACCAAUACAGGUCAUCUUAGUAGUAGAGGGUCUACACUUUUUAGCAUAGAAGAGAAGUUUCAUACAGGCUUGAAUUUAAAGCCAGUAAUCAAUGUAUUUUUUAAUAAUGUCGACGAUGAUACUAGAAAUAUCACUACCGAGGGAGCAGUUAAUGAAACAUUGGAUGCUAAGUCAGCAUGUACUAGUAGUGGUAGUGCUGAAACAAAUAAUAAAUCAGGAAAACUGGUAUAUAAAGAAGAUGAUUGUGGCGGUAAAGAUACCAAUAAGAUUAGAAAAAAUCUUGAUAAUAAAGAUGAGUGGGUGGAAAUUCAAAAAGACAGUAUAGUCUUUGAACAACAGCAAGAACAAGUUAAUGAAAAUAAUACCAAUAUGAUUCAUAGACGCGGCAAAAGUAAGCCUAAAGUAAAAUCAGCACAAAAAGAUGAUGAAAAAGAUGCUGAAAAGGAUGACAAUGCUGAAAAGGAUGGCGAUGACGAAAAGGAUGACGAUGACGAAAAGAAAAAAGCAAAAAAUGAACGUUUGAAGGAAAAGCUAGAUAUUAGCACAGAAAAUGAUAACACAAGGAAAAACUACGAUAAACAAAGAUAUUUAGCAUAUAAAGAGAAGAUGGAACGUGAUCCAAUUCUAAUAUAUCAGAUGUCCAUAUUUAACAGCAUUGGUACUAGUACCAACAGUGGCAGUCUAAAGAGCUGUCAAUCAAAUUUCAGAGAAGUUGUAAAAAUUGCUAUCGAGUUGGUUAAUACUAGGAAUGACAUAUAUAGUGAGUUAGAUAAAAAAAAAUAA